GGAUGGGGGGAACCGGGGGAAGCAGGGCAUAAGUGAUAAGGAUGGUGCCCCAAAACCUGCACAGGUAGCUCAGCCUCAGCACCUCUUCCAGCCAUCUUCCCAGCCCCACAGCCUUUUUCACACUUCCAAGCCCUGCCUACUGGUACUGAGGUCUGGUGCCUCACCCUUAGCAGUCAGCCCCCAGCAUGGAUCUUUUCCAGGAUCCAUGCAAAUACAAAUGCAGUUUUGUGGCCCCUACCAGAGAGGCAAAUGCAGGUGCAAGCUUCUGGUAGUAAGUGACAGAUGUAUGAAGGAAAGGCAACCAGUCUCCCACACUUCCUUGGCUUCAUCCCUUACUUAAGGGAAGAACACCAGGCUCAGUCACCCUCCCUACACCUGUGGGCUCCACAGCCAGGUGCUUUAAUAAUCUUAUCUCCUGCAUGGACCAACUUAACACAACUGUGGGCUAAAUUCUACCUAAGGUGCAUAUUGGUGUGUGAUUCUUGAAACACGAGUAUAGGAGAGUGCCUAAUGGCUCCUGCCAAAGCCACUUCUUGGUCAGCUUCCUUUCUUGCCUCCAUGGCUUCCAGCCUGCUUCUUUCUCUACAGAUGGCAGCAGUCACCCUAUCUCAACAAACUAGGGCCACCCUUUGUCCCCUGGGGGGUGCGGGGGAAGGCCACUAGGCAGUGUUUGCUGAGGAGUGCCGGCCCAGCAGGGCUACAGGGUUGAACCUGGGCUCCUGGCCCACUGCCUAGAUCAGUCUCCUCCCCAAGGCGUCCUCUUCUCCGUGACCCCGCCUGCUGCAGGACAAGGCAGGCCUGGCAGCUCACCCCAUCGGCUGUCAGAGGUUCAGAGGGUGCAGGGCUGAGCCAUGGGGAGGAAGCGCGAUGCCAUCCUGGAGGUGCUGGAGGAGCUGACCUCGGAUGAGCUCAAGAAGUUCAAGCUGAAACUAACCGCGAUGCCGCUGCGCGAGGGUUUCCGACACCUCCCGCGGGGGGCUCUCGGACCCCUGGACCCCGUGGACCUCACCGACAAGCUGGUUUCCUUCUACUGCGAGGACUACGGCGCCGAAGUCACAGCGGCCGUGCUGACCGAUAUGGGAAUGCAGGAGCAAGCGGCGCGGCUUCGAGAGACGAACUGAACCCCUAGCGCCGGGAUCUCAUUCAACCACUCCGAGGCUAGUAUAUUGGCCCUGGACCCAAACCCUCCUCCUCACCAAGGCUCCAAGAGUCUGUCCCACCCCCCUCCAGGUUUCUUUCUGGGGUCAUCCCUUCACACCUCUGGUCAGCCCUCCCUGAGGCUUAGGGCUGGGUCCAUGCGGGUCGCGCCCCGUUGAAUCUCUCCCCAUCUGCCCCUUCAAGGUUCCUGGGUCGCCUGGCAUCCGGUUCCAUUUCAUGGGUUCUGUUCUUUUUUGAUAAAGAUGAGCGAGGGUGGCAGCCUUGAGGUCAUAAGCGGAGAUGCUCCUGGGUUGGGAAGACUUCCUGGAGGAGGCUCCUGCGCUAAGCUAGGAGGCCAUCAACCAGGGCUGGUCUGGACUAAGCAAGGCAGAGGCGGGAGGGGCUGUAAAGCUGGGGCCCCGUAGGAGUCUGAGACCUCGAAUACCAGCCUGAGCACUGUGGUCCACCCCCUCUAGGAGACUGGAUGCCAACAGAGGAGUCGCGCGACCUGGAGGAAAUCCGACCUGCACGCACAGCAGCGUCUUCACAGCGGUCAUGGAGAACCUCUCAGUGCCUCCAGACCCCGCCUCCACCUGCCCUGAACCUGUCAUUUACUCUUCCACAGUUCAAUAAAUAUCCCCUAACAGACCUUCCUAGGCCGGUGGUACUCAUCACCGCCCAUACAUGCGUGUGAUUUCCCAGUGCUUGGGUGUUUUCCUGACCACCCGUAAGGAUCGUAAACCUCGUGGCGCUAACAAUGUGUAUGGGCUGGGUCCCGGUGCAUGCCUUGCCCUUCCUGCCUCCUCCAAGUGUCACAGCUUCAGGGCUGCGUGGGCCUCGGUCAGGCAGCUGUACACAGCAGGAGGACAGUCCGGUUACCGCUCUCCUGGCCACGCCUCGAACCCCAUACCUCUCGUCUUACGGGAUCCCAUGUCAUGCAAACAUGACAACUUGGCAGGACCACGCGUCUCUCCCAGGAGCGCGUGGGCCACAGGCGGUGACUCAGUCGCGUCUCUGUCAGGCUUGGUCCCCGUUUCAUCAAGACUGAGCCCCCAAAUCUCUAGGCACCCGGGAGGGACUGCGGCGGGAAGACUGUCCCAACCCGCUUCUGCGCGGCUCUUCCACGCUUGCUGCGCUCUUUGCCAGGCACCACCUUGAGGGGCUCAGACCCCUCCCCCUUCCCAGCGCUGGCCCUGCCCACUCUCCAUAGCAACCGCAGGCUCCAGUGCCUCUGCAGCCCCGGAAGCCAAAUCGAAGCUGCGACCUCCCGAUGGGUCAAGCCGGGCUCAAUUUAGCAAUCCCAUCCCACCCGGACCUUUGCUGCGUCCC